CUCUGAUUUUAUUUAUUUGAGUGUUCUCACUUUUUACUUCAGUAUUCUUGCUAAAAGUUCAUCAAUUUUCUUUUUUCUUUUCAAAUACCAAUUAUUUUUUUUAUGUUUUAAAUUACUUCUCAGUCUCUAUUGCAUUUAUUUCUGUGCUGAGGUUUAUUAUUUUCUUCUUUCUAUUAAUUUUGAUUUUAUUAUUUCUUGCUUUUACAGAAGUGAACGUUAUCAUUUAGUUACAAUUUUAGGUUAAACUUAAGAACUAAUCAAUAUUAAAUUAAUUUUUGUUUUUACUUCUACCAGCAGUUCAAGGUGUACUAAAGAUAAAAAAAAAUCAAUCGUCCAAAGUUCAAAGUCUUAGUACAUAAUUGGUGAGGAGCUUGCACUUUGGUUUACAAAAUCUUUAGAUUCUUAGCUUUCAACUGCGUUUUCAAAGAGCCCAUCAAUGGAUCUCUUCAUCAUCCUGGUGAUUUGUCUUUCUUGUCUGAUUCUUCUUUCUCUGUGGAACCGAAGCUAUGCCAAAGGGAAGCUUCCACCUGGCCCAACUCCUCUCCCCAUUAUUGGAAAUAUUCUACAGUUAAAUACUAAGAACAUCAGCAAAUCCAUAAGAAUGCUAGCAAAAGAUUAUGGCCCUGUGUUCACUGUUUAUUUUGGCAUGAAGCCCACCGUGGUGUUGCAUGGAUACAAAGCAAUUAAGGAAGCACUGAUUGAUCAGGGAGAAGUAUUUUCUGGCCGAGGGAGUUUUCCAGUGAUAGAAAAAGUUACCCAAGGAUUCGGAGUUGUUUUGAGCAAUGGAGAAAGAUGGAAGCAAAUCCGACGUUUCUCUCUCAUGGUUUUGAGGAAUAUGGGGAUGGGGAAGAAAACAAUUGAAGACCGAAUUCAAGAGGAGGCCUUGUGUCUGGUGGAAGCAUUAAAAAAAACCAAUGGUGUUUAUUUCAUCAUAUAAUUAACACUAAUAGUUUGGGUAGAACAAAUGGUAUUGUAAAUAGACUACAAAAUAUGAUGAUGGCUGAAGUAUCAUAGUUUACUUUUUGCUCAUGUAACAGUAAUUAGGAGGUGAAGUGUUUGGAAUAACAGUCUUUUUAGGUACCAGGUUAAUUGGGCUUUGAUGUCUUCAGCAAAUGUCUUUCAAUAUCAUCAAUGGUUCAUAUCUCUGUGUGAUACAGGAAGGAGAAAAGAGCAAGUUAAAAAAGCAAUGCCCGGGCCGGGCGCGUGGCUCAAGCCUG